UCACAGCAGUAUUUCUAGGUUUGUAGCCACCGAUCUCAAGUAGUCCGCACUGUCCAUCUGUCCGUAGCUCAAAGCGACUUUCUUAAGGCGCCUGGUGACCUCAACAUACUUUUUCUUCUGCUUUGGUUCAGCACCUGCCAUUCGCAACGCAACCUCUGUUUGCUGGUGUGAAAUUUCCCGUGCCAGAAGGUCAUGAAAUGCAUAUAUGCCAGGAUGAUCUUUAUUCACAGCAUCUGAAAAGGCGCGAUGCCACGCUUCGAGGCGGUUGGUAGUGCGAUGAACAUCGUUUUCCAGUCUGUCCCAACAGCUCCAGAAUUCCACUGGAAACAAAGGUUUGGUGGCGAUGCAUUUGUUCGCUGGAAUUGAAAAUGCGCUCCGCCAGAACGCGUUGAACAUCCCUGACCGGAACAAAUGCAAGCGCAAACAGCAUGCGACAGGACAGGCUAAAUUCAGGUUCAUAGUUGGACCGUGUACCCGACUCGAACAAAAGAAAUAUUGGCGGCAUUCAAGGUUUCUCACUCACGUUGCUGCUACCCCGGCGGCUUCCCACACGAUUUGGAGUUUUGGACCGUUUAUUUCUUAUUUAUUUACGUAUCAUGAGACAUGAGUAGAAUUUUAUACCGUCUAUUUAUUCUUAUUAAUUUCUUAGUAUCUGCAAUAACAAACCGUUACAUACGCGUUUUAACCGGCUUUGAAGAUAUGCCUCCUUGAAGUCUUCCGUUUUUAUUACAUUUAAUAUGAAUUAUUAUCGGAAAUUUUAUGGAUAUUCUUGUUCACUUUACAAUUAGUCUUUGUUAACUGUGAACGUCAGACUUCUACGGUUGUGAUUGUACUUUUCAACAACUUUUGGAAUUCUCUACGUACUCAUUCUUCGAAAUUUUCCCAUUUUGUUUAUUAGUCUUCUUCGUAAUUGUUUCGCGCUCGGUUCCUGGGAAUAAACUAUCAGAUCGGUUUAGCAACGCCGUAACGGCUGCACCUUGGCUCAUUCGAUGAUGCGAAAACUCCAGCCACUGUCUUCAUCUUCAACAGUAUCCCAAGGAAUGCCCGGUUACUCGAAAAUAACUUUCGCAAGGACUUCGCCAGCGAGGAUAGACAAUGAUAGUCAGUCUAAUCUUCGUUUCGUUAUUGACCAAAGAACUCCGUUCCACUGUACAAAGAAGCUGUCCGCGAAGGUGAACAAAGGUAUUGAAUGUUUUUGAACAACUGAAUCGUACGUAAAUGUUGACAGUGCUGAUUUUGAGUUCUUUCAGCAACACUCUACAGGUUUUAUGGGGAAAAAAUUCUGCAUGGAAAAAGGAAAAAAGAAUUCUGCAUUUUCCCAUAAAUCUCCGAAAUUUUAAAUUACAAGGCGCAGUUAACGGCAUUUCUCUCUCUUCCUGGCAGGAUGCAAAUCAGGCUGAUUGUCCGAAUUUUAUUGCAGGGGUUGUAGAUGUGGAAGAUGAUUCCGAUGCAGAACUGGAACGAACGGUUUCCUCCAAGCGGAGAAUGAGAAUAAAGGCACAAGCGAUUCAUAGGAGUACCGUGAUACUCGACAAUGAUUCUGACUCUGAUGGCAGUAAUGGCGUCAUUCAAAAGGAUCCAGAUAGGCGUGCCACCAGAGCGAAUAUCCGCUCAGCCACAAUCCAGUUCAGCCAAGUUUGUAGUAGUUCAGAUGACGAAGCCAAAGUAAAGCAUGUGGAUGAUAAAAAAACUACGUUUACUAAUCGGACUGUCAGUAAUUCUAAGAAACGGAAGCGAAAUCACUCGGUUGGUAGUAGUAAGAAGCAGCCGAGAAAGAGUACGGACGGUGGCCACCAUACAAAAGCAGUGGUAAAGAAGAAAGGUUCAUUGUUGUUGCCGAAAGGGUGUUUGCUAAAUCCGUUCGAGCAGGACAAUGGUGACUGUACAUUGGAUAUGGAGCCAGUUCCUGAAGUUGAAAGCUUCACGCAAGAUGGGAACAGUGGCUUUUCUCAGCCGUCAUGCAUUUCAAAUUCAUCCAUGAUCACAUUGACAGCCGCCGAUUGGGAUUUGGAAAGUAGCGCCAGUUGUUCCAAGGGUCCCAAAAGACAGCCGCGGGGCAGAGAAGCGAAACCCGCUGUCGAUGGUUUAGUCGCUCGGCUAAGAACUCUUCGGAGAACGGAUCAGGCUGAUCAAGCGUUUUGGGAGAAGAAACAAAUGUUACCCCAUCCACCCAAACCUGCUGAAAGUUUUGACGACGGAUUACCAUCUCGGCUCCAUUUUUGCUACAAUAGAAUUCUUCGAAGCGAUCGUCAUUUGAUGGAGAUUGAAUGCCAGAUUCUCUGGGGAAAUGCAGGCGACUUUUCGAACACUAUGGAUGCAGCGGCACCUGGGCCAAGAUGGGUGAAAAUAAUCUUAAACAAAACGGAAUACGAUAGGCUGGGUUUCCAGCACGGUGGAACUUAUGAGCUGUUCAGGCCAUGGAUAAGAUUCAAUGAUGUUUCUGAUGAGUGUCCAGUUCUGUUCUGCCCGCACUAUUUUAGAAAGUUGAAUGACAGUAAAUGAAAUAUUUUAUACCAGUGAUAAUUCAAAGAUGUGUGGGACAUUGGACAACUACAGUCUUUUUUGAUAGUCUUUUUUUUGGAUAACAACAGUCUUUUUUUUCUUUUUUUUUGAGAGUCCUCAAACUGCUGUGAUGGCUAAAACCGCGCUAGGAUACGAAAAUACCGUCAUCGUCAUUUUGUUGCUUUACUUUUAUCUUCCCGCUGAUUUCUGGUGUGUACUGUACUUUUAUGAUGUGGUGCUUGAUAAGCUUAAAAUCGAACUGUUACCGAUAUGAUCAGUGAUUAAAUUUUUUGG